AUGGGCAAGCUCAACAUCGCCCACCACAAGUCGUACCAUCCAUAUCGACGGGAUAACAUUGAGAAGGUUCGAAGAGAUGAAGAGGAGGCGCAGCUCAAAGAGGCCAAGGAAGAAGGGAGAAUGUCGUUGGCAGAUUCUGAAGCACGAAUCCAACUGCUACGUGAGCGCGCCGCAUCGGACAAGCCUGCAAAGAAGAAGCAGAGGGGCGACGACGACAUGAAAGCCAUCACAGCUGGGAGUUCAAUGCAACCUGCGGCCUUGCCGACUACGAAAGGACAUAUCAACUUUUUCGAGGACCUUGAGCAUAAUGCAAUCGCUGCUGCUAUCAAAGCCACGAAGAAAGCGACUCCAGCAGAGACUGAGAAAGGCGUCGCACUGGCUCCGUCAGCUAAGGACCUCAAACCUUGGUAUUCUGCAAGCAACUCCGACAAGACCGAAGAAGUAGAGGACGAGCGAAGAAAACGAGAUGAAUUUCGAAAAUCUGCGCACGACCCUCUAACAUCCAUCACCAAACAACUUGCCUCCCGCCCCCCAAGCUCAUCUUCCUCCUAUCAUUCACGGCCUGCGCUACCAAGCCACGCUCCCUCUGCACCUCCAGAGGUUCAGGCCCGACUGAGUCGUGAGAUGUCGGAGCGGGAACGCGCCCAAGAACUUAUCCGGAGGAAGAGGCGCGAGAUGCAGGGGGGUGAAACGCCUAGCGCCGUACAUGGUGGAUCUGGCAGUGCUUAUGGGGAUGUUUUCAACAGGAAGGAGGUCGAAGAAGCCCACCGAGAAAGGGACAGGGGCAGUCGACGGCGGUACGAUGAUGACCGACGGCGCCAUGGUGAAGGGAGUCGGCAGUGGGCUUGGUGA